AUGUACUGGCCUAAUGGAGUGCCCCGGGUCUAUGCGGUCAACGGCCCCAACAUUGCCCAUGUCUCGGACGACGUGAAUCGCCAGGGCAAUAGCAAUCCCUUGGCGGAAGAGCAGAGCUCUACAGAUUCCCAAGAACCAACAGAUGGCGCUCGCGAACGGGAGAACCCAGAAGGCCGGGGUGAUGAUCUUAAACCCGAACAACCCCCGUCCCAAGAGGAUGCUUCCCACUGGGAGCAAGAAGCAAUUGGUGGCCUGUGUGUCUCUCGGUCAGGCCAUAUGUUUGCGACCAUAACUGAAUCUUCAAUUUCAUUAUGGCAGACCAGGCCCACGGCAGUAGUAGCCGCGGUAGCUCGGUCCGCAUACUCCAUGACAACCUACGGACCAAAUGUGGCAGUCCUUAUGCAUCCCGACUCGACAAUCCUUGUGGUACAAACCCUCAAUGGAUAUCUCCUCACCUAUUCGGUCGCUUCGGACCCUGCGACGCGAGUCUACCAGCAAAGGUUCGACCACUCCACACAUCCCCGCCGGCAGCAACUGGCACAUUUCUCGGCCGUGGAAGAGGCGAACGUGGUUGGGGAUAUCAGUAUCAGGUUUCGAAUGGCGAUUAAGAUUGAGUCGGGGAUUGUCAAGGCAUUAGCGCUGGACCAGGAGCUCAUCGUUGCCACGGUGAAGCCCCCUGCGAUUCAGUGCAUUCGUUGGGCUCCAGAGGCCAGUGGAACACAGACAAAAUCCGAGUUGCUGACCCGGAUAUUGAAUGUACCAAAAAAGGUCUCACUAGUCGAUAUGGUCUAUGACCGCGCCAUGAACCUCUUGAUCUGGCUCACCAGCAACGGUCAGGCAUAUGCUGUGCAACGAGCACCUGGGGGUCAAGAGGAGUCCGAGGCGCCUAAAAAGCUAUUCCAUGGCCACUGCUUCCAUGACCCCAAGAGCGAUGGGGAAGAGGCCCUCAAAGUAGCAGUCAAUGCUCGGUUUUCCUUACUUACAGUCAGUUGCGCAAAUGGCGAGGUCUUGGUUUACACUGCCAAAGAUUAUACAGGGAACGUGCCUCUUUCCCAGAAGCUGGACCUUCCAGCAUCUCCUUCAUCAACCGGAGCAUUGACAUUCAUGAACUACUCUCCUGAUGGAUAUUGCUUGUUCGCCGGCUACGAAAAUGGUUGGACAACAUGGAGCGUUUUCGGGAAGCCUGGUGGUAACAGCUUCUUUGUUGACCCCAAUUUGGCAACUUCCAAUGGAGAGAACUGGCUCACGGGUGUCUCAAAUGGGUCCUGGAUAGGUGGUGGUUCCGACAUCAUUCUAUCAGCACGAAAUGAUCGACGUCUUUGGAUCCUAGAGACGGCGCGCAGCGCGUUGACAGGAUGUUUUUCCGCCGCGAAUUUGGCUCGAGGGUUGCUACAAACAGGGACUGAGUUCAUACUGUAUCGUGGACAUGACUUGCCUGAUCUGAUGACCAUCUCUGGCAAGGACUCACUCUGGCAUCAUGCCCAGUAUCCUCCCGCAUACCUUCACUCGCAGUGGCCGAUUCGAUCCUGUGUGGUGUCUCAGGAUGGACGCUAUGUGGCAAUCGCGGGUCGGCGUGGAUUGGCACAUUACAGCAUCAACAGUGGCCGAUGGAAAGUCUUUGAGGACUCUAAAGUGGAAAACUCAUUUGCGGUGCGAGGAGGCAUGUGCUGGUACGGGCAUAUCCUGAUUGCGGCUGUUGAGAGCGAUGGCUCCUACGAGCUGCGUCUUUACUCGCGCGAAGAUGCGCUGACCAACAGCUCUAUCAUGCACAUCGAAUACCUCCCGUCACCAGUGGUGUUUAUCGGUCCCUCGGGGGAAGACUCACUCUUGGUCUACACCUACGACAACAUUCUCUACCACUAUAUCAUCAACUCAAUGCAGACACAGAUAACUCUUGUUCCAGUCGGACAGAUUGCCUUUAACGGAAUUGUCAGGGCACCUACUCGAGUCCGAGCAAUCAGCUGGGUCUUGCCCGAGGAUCAGAUGCGGAAUGGCGAUCCCUCGCAGGACGUGAAGGUAGCGUCAGUACUCCUACUGGUCGACGGUAACCUGGUUCUCCUCCAACCCACCGUGACGGAAAGUGGCGAUCUCAAAUAUGACAUGCGUGUCAUUUCCCAUGACGUGGAGUACUACAUCUUGAUGCGAGACCAACUCUCCUUCAAUUUCUCGUCUCAAGUCGACGAGUCUCUACCGUCCAGCCCGUCGGCCGAGAUGGCCCUCGAGCCAUCAUACAGCAGCCUGUCACUUCGGGACUCCUUGUGGAUGUUCCGAGGUAAGGAUCUUCUGGCUUGGAAUGACGUUCAGGACAUUCUGCAGCAAGAGACGGUGCCGACUCCUCUCAAUAUCCCGUUGGACUUUUAUCCUUUGUCUGUGAUCUUGAAUAAGGGUGUCGUACUCGGAGUGGAAUCCGAAAUGACACAACGGCGAGAUGUCACCUUCACCAGCUUGAAAUUCGCCAUCCGAACACAUCUUUUCCUUCCAUACUUCCUACAGUACUGUCUCGUCCACCUUGGAACACCAGCUGCGCUCUCCUUGUGUCGACACUUCUCUCACUUAUCCUAUUUCGCCCACGGCCUCGAAAUUCUACUCCAUCACGUCCUAGACGACGAGGUAGACAACGAAAGCCGUGCCAACAAGGCCGAUGGCCCGAUAAUCCGCGAAGAACCCCUUCUCCCCACCGUCAUUGCCUUCCUCCAGGCAUCCCUCCCCACGCCUGAAUACCUCGACAUCGUCGUACAAUGUACACGCAAGACAGAACUCCGAUUCUGGCGCACCCUCUUCACAUACCUCCCCCCACCAAAGGUCCUAUUCGAGCAAGCCCUCAGACUCGACGCGCUCAAGACAGCCGUCGGUUAUCUGCUCGUGCUCCAGGCCUUUGAAGACGAAGAAGAACUUGGCCACGAUGGGCACAUUGAAGAAUACGUCGUUCGUCUCAUCGGCCUAGCAUCUCAGAAGGCAGACUGGGAGCUUUGCGGCGAGCUUGCCCGAUUCUUGAUUGCACUUGAUUCAUCUGGCGAAAUGCUGCGGCGUGCAAUUGGUCGUGUUGGCUUGCGGCCUAGUCCACGACCGUCGCCCAAUGGUGGCCAUUCAGGCUUAGGUUCGAGAACUGCGUCGGCGGCAAGUGUGAGGGGCUUGGGGCUAAGUCUUCCGGUGCGCACGCCGUCUUGGUCAUCUCUUUCUCCGACCUCGUCGCUCUCGCCACGCCUGAAUGGGCGUGAUGGAGAGGUGUCUGAUGAAUACGCGCGGUCUGUGGACAGCCGCGAGGGCUCAUGA